AAAAAAAAAUUCAUCACAGACAGUAUAAAGUAACUCUUCUAUAUAGAAGGAAGAAAUGGUUAAUCAUGGCUACGAUUUCAAAACAGAGAUAAAACAUAUGGACUCGGUUUGUAGCAGCCUAAAUUCAUCACACACACGCAGUAUUUAUUAUAUAUAAUAAUAUAUUAUUAUAUAUAUAAUAUGUAUGUAUAAAAAGCAUUUCUAAACCAAAUUUGCAAUGCUGACUCAACUGAACUAUCUUUACCAGAUCAUACUCUCUUAGUAUCUGUGUUCCUAUGAGUGACCUUUGAAAAGCCACAAUGGUUGAUAUAUUGGAUGCCAGCAAUAGUGUGAGCAGACUUUCUCUUCUGGGUGACGGAGAAGAACAGGAUUUCAAAUGGAAGAAACCUCUGGAGCUUUUUGCUGAAAGGAAAUUUGUGAGGAUCUGUGCCCCCAUGGUACGUUACUCAAAGUUACCAUUUCGACUUUUGACUCGAAAAUAUGGUGUAGACUUGGCUUAUACUCCGAUGAUAGUCUCAAAUAGUUUUCUCUGCUCAUUGAAGGCCAGAGACAGCGAUUUCACAACUUGUAAUGUUGACCGGCCACUCAUCGUCCAGUUUGCAGCCAGUAACACUGAAGACUUUGUCCGCGCUUCCCAAAUCGUUGUACCAUAUGCUGAUGGUGUUGACCUCAACUGUGGCUGUCCUCAAAGGUGGGCUCAAGCUGAGGGCUAUGGAGCUUGUCUUCUUCGCAAACCAGAGAUUGUGCAAGAUAUGAUCCGACAAACAAAAGGAGCAAUUUCAAGUCAAGACUUUACCAUUUCUAUUAAGAUACGUAUUCAUCAUAAUAUCAGGGAAACUGUUGAAUUUUGUCGUAAAAUGGAACAUGCUGGAUUAUCUUGGUUAGCCGUUCAUGGACGUACACCUGAACAGAGAGGUGAACCAGUGAACAAUGAAGCAAUUCAACUGAUUAAAAGCAGUGUAAAUAUUCCAGUCAUUGCCAACGGUGACGUAAAAUCUCUUGAAGGAGCCAAAAAGAUUCACACAGAAACUAAAGCAAAUGGUAUAAUGGCUGCUCGUGGUAUCCUAUCCAACCCAUCUAUGUUUGCUGGUUACCAGUCAACUCCAGAAGAAUGUGUUAAAGACUGGAUAUAUCUGGCACUGUCGACUGGAACAUCAUUCCAGUGUUUCCACCAUCAUCUAACAUUUAUGUUACAAAAAGCAAUGAGUCGUGCUGAACAAACAGUCUUCGCAUCUUUAGCCAGCACCUCAUCUGUACUUCAGUUCUUAAAGGAGAACUUUGGUAUCUCUGCUCCUAGAAUACCUGUUAAAUCUUAACAUCAACUUCUACCAACAGCGAUUUGGUACCAAAAUACAGAAAGAUAUUUCAUAUGUUGUGUUUGGCAAAAGAAGUGAUAUGUAAAAUACCAAAGAGUCUUAUUCCACUAAGACUUCUGGUUUCUUCCCCAGGAUGAAAAGUAACAGAAUCUAAAAUUCUAGUAAAGAAUGUUCCAAUUCAGCAGACUACAAGAGAUAUGUCAUGUGCACUGUGUUCAAUACCGGAUUCAAGAUGAUUACUUUCAAAUCACUCAGGGAUACUUUUAACAGAAUUUCAGUUGAUUUUCUUUUUUUUAUUUGUAAUUUUUGUUUUAAGAAUUUCCUGUAAGUCAGAAAUGAAAUUUAA